AUGGCKGACAAAGGGUUCAGUUCGAUUGUCGUUGCUUUGUUUGCAAUUUCUGUUGGAAUUCUUCACCUUUUCCAGAGUGCAGAGCCUCUCCCAUACUUAGAUGAAAUAUUCCACAUCCCACAAGCGCAAAAAUACUGCUCGUAUAGAUUUGAUGAAUGGGAUCCGAUGAUUACAACUCUCCCAGGACUCUAUCUCUUCUCGUUUGCCUUGAUUCGUKUGAURUCUGCWGUGUCUCUGACUAAUAUUGAUUCACUGUGUUCUGUAUGGUGGCUUAGAUCUAUUAAUGUACUAUUCAUGGUUGGAAACGCAAUCAUUUUGCUGCGAAUAUUAAGACGUGUUCACUYCUAUCAACAUACACCAUCAUCAAACRAGGUAACRUCAGCUAAAAGCUUAGAAUCCAAGACCCCCGACAGCACUAAAAUAAAGCUGACAGCUUUGUCGUUGUGUACGUUCCCAUUAUUAUACUUCUUCACCUUCCUGUUCUACACUGAUGCUGGGUCAACKUUCUUUGUCUUAUUGAUGUAUUACUUGAGUCUCACUGAACAGCACAUCCCGGCAUCCCUCGCUGGAGUAGUUGCUAUCAUAUUCAGGCAAACCAAUGUUGUAUGGCUGGUCUUUGUUGCCGGGACAACCAGUGUACGACAUUUACAACCGCUGAUGCCGAAACAAACCUCUGGGACACUCUCAGAAAUCCUGUCUUUCGUAAAGGCUUUUCUUGUCAACUUUAUCGUCAUGUUUAAAGUUCUUUUUGGCUAUGGAGCUGUAGCUCUAGGUUUUGCAGUGUUUGUGGUUAUUAACGGUGGUGUUGUCGUCGGCGACAGAAGCAGCCAUACUGCCUGCUUGAACAUACCUCAGUUGUUUUACUUUAUCGCUUUCACUGCUGCUUUUUCCUGGCCUUUGCUCAUCGACGGAAUUCCUCAACUUCUCAAGAAUGUACGAAAUAAGAUGUUUUUCUGUGGUUUUAUAUUAACACUGUUCAUAUCAGAACUUGCAGUGUACAAAUUCACCUAUGUUCACAAGUAUCUUCUGGCUGACAAUAGGCACUACCCUUUCUACGUCUGGCGUAAAUUGUUCGCUCGUCAUUGGUCAGUGAGGUAUUUACUGGUGCCAUGCUACCUAGUGAUUGGYUGGUUGAUAAGGCAUAAGCUUUCUMUACAACAAUCAGCAUUAUGGCAGUUAGUCUAYUGGAUCUGUGUAAGUGCAGUUCUAGUGCCUCAGAAAUUGCUCGAAUUUAGAUAUUUCAUUUUGCCAUAUAUAAUGUAUCGUAUUCAUGUUCCAGUAAGCAGUCCGCGUGUGACAUUACUUUUAGAGUUAGUUUUGUAUUUAAUCGUCAAUGUUGUUACGAUUCAUUUGUUUUUAAACAAGCCGUUUAUAGGGGAACACGAACCCAAUCAGCAACAGCGAUUUAUGUGGUAACAAACCUCUAAAGACUACUGGAAUAAUUGUCAAAAACUGAGAUAAUUAAAAUAAAACACUCCUACCUUUUU